CCCUGGUUCUUCAUCUUAAUCUCCAUGUUCAUCGCUCUUAUCCUCAAAUUAUUCUUCAACUCUCUGACUCAAACCAGAAAAACCUCUCAAAACUUCCCACCAGGCCCAUAUCCUCUCCCCAUCGUUGGUAACUUGUUCUUGUUCCGUAAAUCCUUUAAUGACCUUCAUCAUAUACUUCAGUCCCUCCAUGCCAAAUUGGGUCCUAUAAUCACCCUCCACUUUGGUUCCCGCCCGGCUAUUUUCAUCGCCGAUCGCUUUCUUUCCCACCAAGCAUUGGUUCAAAAUGGUGCCAUUUUUGCCGACCGUCCUCCACCUUUAGAUGGUAGAGAGCAAGUUGUUAUCACCACCGCCGUCUACGGCCCCACAUGGCGUGUGCUAGGCCGUAACCUUACGGCUGAAAUGAUUCAUUCUUCUCGUGUGAAAUCUUAUAGUUAUGCACGCAAGGUGGUUUUGGAGAGACUCUUGAAACUCCUCAAGGAUCAGUCUGAUUCUGCUGAUCGUUGGGUCGAAGUGACGGAUCAGUUCCGGAACUCCAUGUUUAGCAUGCUCGCCUUCAUGUGCUUCGGAAAAGAACUUGAAGAACAGAAAAUCAAAGAAAUAGCCGAGGUUGAGAGGGAUAUGAUGCGGACUUUUGGUGAAGUGAGUAUGGUUUCGGUUUUGCCGAGAGUAACAAUGAUCAUCUUUUAUAAACAAUGGAAAAAGAUCUUCCAGCUACAAGAAAAAUUGAGACGCCUAAUCGUACCUUUGAUACUAGAUCGAAAGAAGUUAAAGCAAGAAAAGUCAAAUGAAGGUGAAAAUCAAGACGACAACAAACAUGGCAUCUCAUUCUACGUUGAUACCUUGUUAGAUGUGAAGCUACCAGAAGAGAAUAGAAGCCUUGAUGUUGAAGAAAUUCUGGGUUUAUGCUCAGAAUUUCUCAAUGGAGGAACGGAUAAUACAUCCGCACUGCUGCAAUGGAUUAUGGCGAACUUGGUGAAAAACCCACAUAUCCAGCAGAAGCUGUUCAUGGAGAUUAAAGGGGUCAUCGGAAAUGAGGAGAAAAUGGUGAAAGAAGAUGAUUUGCAUGAGAUGCCAUACUUAAAAGCAGUGAUAUUAGAAGGGUUAAGGCGACAUCCGCCCCUUCGGUUUUUGCUGCCUCAUUCAGUAACAAAGGAUGUGGUUCUGGAUGGGUAUUUCAUGCCAAGAAAUGGAACUAUGAAUUUCAUGAUAGGAGAUAUGGGAAUGGACCCAAAAGUGUGGGAAGAUCCAAUGUCGUUUAAACCAGAAAGGUUUGUCACGAGUGCAGAAGAUGGAGAGGGAUUUGAUAUAACAGGGAGCAACGAGAUUAAGAUGAUGCCGUUUGGUGCUCGAAGAAGGAUUUGUCCAGGGUAUGCAUUGGCCCUACUUCAUCUAGAGUAUUUUGUGGCGAAUUUGGUGUGGAAUUUUGAAUGGAAAGCUGGGGGUGAUAUCACUAUGGAAGAACAGCGCGAGUUCUCGGUACAGAUGAAACAUCCAUUGCAAGCCCUUAUAUCUCCAAGAUUUUUAUGACAAUACGCUCAACUACAAUAUUUCAAUGGUUAAAAACCUUUCCACCAAUCUCUGCGGUGCAGUUGUUGUGAUUCUUAUAAAUUUCAGAAAUUCAAGGUUGAUUAUGCUUGUAUUCCUAGACUUUAUGUUCAUUUAAAGAAAUCCGUUUGAAAUAUGAUUGAAGUUUUGGGA